AAUCCGAGUGUGUGUUGAAAUGGUAAAAUGCAAGGUUCGGUUCCGGUUCUUUAGCACCUGCUCCAACAUUAGUUUGUAGUUCUGCGGCGCGACGUAGCUGUUAGCUUCAGGUUUGCUAGCGAAGGAGUUGUGUCACAGCAGAAAUCUGCUUCGUGCUGAGGCGUCAGCAGGAUAUUUUAUGGCUGAAGCAGGUUUUCUGCCGGAGGCCUGCCGGUGCGUCAGCAUUUAGCAGUUUGGCUGAUCAUGGCAGAAUCCAGCUCGAAGACAGCAACGCCGGCAGACUUGCUGAUUGAACACGGCAAAGAGGAGCCGAGUCUCAGCACGGAGAGCUUUUCCAAAGAAGCGAUUAUAACCCCCAAAACCGAGGGGUCGGACCACGGAGCGAACGUCUCGAGCAGCAACGGCGCUUCUACCAGCCCUCUUCCUGUCUCUGAGGAGGAGGCCACGCCCACACCGCCUGAGUCAUCACCAAGCCUGUCUGAAAAUCCCACGCUGACCAUCGUCACCACGGAGGAUGAAACUCUUUCAGUUCCACUCAGACGUAACAAAACUGGAGGUCCAGACAGAGGAGGAGAGACAGGUUUAGACCAGGACCUGGACGAGAGCUCUUCAGUGAUGACGACGGGCGGCUCUGAUGAUCAGCGGGAGUCCACCGACUCCGCGUCCUUCUCCAUCCCCAGUCUGGAGCUUUCAGAUGGGGUCGGGACUGCAGGGAACUCUCUGGACAUAGAGGACGGCUUGUCCUCGUCCUACUCGGCUCCGGGGGUAGAAGGUUGCUCUCCGUCCGCUGAAGAUCCCAGUCUAAAGGAGGGCGGGGAGCUGGAAGCUGCAGUUCUCCUCCUGACCACAGGAGACYCUGCAGCAGCUGCUGCUGCUCCCAGUACUGCUGCUGCCCCUGCGGUCUCAGAACCCGGACCCUCCAUGCCAGCAUAUUACCUGGUGAAGUGGAUCACGUGGAAGGAAAAGAAGACCCCCAUCAUCACUCAGAGUGAGAAUGGACCCUGCCCCCUGCUGGCCAUUAUGAACACACUCUUCCUGCGCUGGAAGGCAGAACAUGAGCGACGCCAUGGCCGUCCUCCCGAAGCUGUCCACGGGUCUGGACGUCAACGUGCGUUUCACCGGCGUCUCGGACUUCGAGUACACGCCCGAGUGCAUCGUGUUCGACCUGCUGAACAUCCCGCUGUACCACGGCUGGCUGGUGGACCCGCAGAGUCCAGAGACGGUCGCUGCUGUGGGGAAACUGAGCUACAACCAGCUGGUGGAGAAAAUCAUCGACUGCAAACACUCUGGAGACAGCAGCCGAGUCAGUGAAGGUUUAGUGGCAGAACAGUUUUUGGAGUCYACGGCGACUCAGCUUUCAUACCACGGUCUGUGUGAACUCAACACCACAGCUAAAGAGGGCGAGAUCUCCGUGUUCUUCAGAAACAACCACUUCAGUACGAUGAUCAAACACAAGGGUCACCUGUACCUCCUUGUGACGGACCAGGGCUUCCUGCAGGAGGAGAGCAUGGUCUGGGAGUCUCUUCACAACGUCGAGGGAGACGGAAACUUCUGCGACUCUGACUUCAGGCUGUGCCACCCUCCCGAGAGAGCUCCGCCCACGUCCCACCUGCCGCCUGGCGCCCAGGAGCAGCAGAGGCAGAUCGACCAGGACUACCUGGUGGCCGUUUCCCUGCAGCAGCAGCAGGGAGGGGCCCCCGGACCCCUCAGUGACCUGGAGUUGGCCCAGCAGCUCCAGCAGGAGGAGUAUCAGCAGCAGCAGCAGCAGCAGCAGCAACAACCAGGGUCAUCACAGACGGCACACCAGGUCAGAGGUCAGGGGUCGCAGCAAGCCAGAAGGAAAGAAAAGGACUCGGACUGCGUCCUCCUAUAGACUCCUCCUCAUCCUCGUCUGGACCACCUCAGAGCCCCCCGACUUUGGCAUGUCGGCCGCAGACUUGGUUAGCUCGAUGCCAAACCCCGAGUGCUUUUUUUUUUUUUUUUUUUUGUCCAGGUCCCGGUUUGUGUCAGACCCGGUCCUGGUUUGUAAAGUCCUGAGGAUUCUGUUGGACCAAACGGGUACCCCUGAUGAACAAAGGGCUCGUCAGAAUAACUAAACACUCUCUACCUGCUGCUUUUAGAUCCGUUUGGAAUUAUUAAUAAGAACUUUGUGUUGCCAAAAAUCAAAAGUAUUGUAGAUUUUGACAAUUGGAUGAAUAAAAAAAAGAUCAUUAAUCUAAACUCUUUUACAGAAACGUUAGAGACCUGCUGUUAACUUGUUUUCAGAUUUUUGGCCUGGGAAAAUGUUUAUUUAUGCAAAUUAGCUUUCUGAGCGAUGCCCAAAGUGUUCACUGCUUAAAAAAAACACUUUGUUUCUGCUUUAUGAGUAAUCAAACAUUAAAUCAAACUAAAAAGUGUUA